ACAAAAUCAAAAAUAAAUCGAGUGUAUUAUUAAGAAAUGCAAGCUCUCAUAUCUUGGACACGUAAUUCAUCGUGACAAAUGUACCGCGAUACAGGAUCGAAGGGAAGAUCAAGGAUAAAUGUGGAAGCGGUAGAAGGUUUCUUGGAUUACUGACAUCAAAGACUGGUUGGACCUUAAUAAAGAACAACUACUCCACACAGUGAGAGAGAUCAAAGCAGUGCCUCUCCUCCUCGCUGUCACUUUCUCCUUUCUUUUAUCUCUUCAAGGCCUGCUGCUGGCUGAGGGGGACCUGACUUUGCAGGGCGUUCCUGCUUGCUACCAUGUCUUUGGCGGGGAUGAAGUGCCUGGUGACGGGCGCUGGUGGGUUUCUUGGUCAAAGGAUCGUUUGCCAGUUGCUGGAGGAAGAAGAUGGGCCAGCUGAGGUCAGAGCCCUGGACAAAGCAAUCAGCUUAGAGGCACUCCAGAAUUUUCAGAAAGUGAAGACUAAAAGUGUCCUGACCAUCCUGCCAGGCGAUAUCCGGGAUGCAGCCUCGGUUCAGACGGCUGUCCAAGGGGUCUCGCUCGUCAUCCACACAGCUUGUAUCAUUGACAUCUUGGGCCUUGUAGAUAAGCAGACACUCUGGGAUAUCAAUGUCAAAGGUACACAACUGCUGUUGGAAAUUUGCCUCCGCAAUGAUGUCCAGUAUUUUAUCUACACCAGCAGUCUUGAAGUUAUGGGUCCAAACAGCAGACGUGAUCCCAUCCAUGAUGGUGAUGAAGACACUGUGUAUGAAAGCACCAAUAGCCUUCCCUAUGCUAAAACCAAGAAGGAGGCUGAGAAAUCUGUACUAGAGAUGGACGGCCUACCGUUGAAGGAUGGCAGCGCCUUUGUGACAUGUGCUUUGAGGUCCAUGUACAUCUAUGGAGAAGGGAGCAAUUUCCUUCAGAGGCACGUUGAAAGCGCCAUCAGAAACAAUAACGUUUUCUUCAGAAUGUCUGUGAAGGAGGCUCUAGUAAAUCCAGCCUAUGUGGGGAACAUUGCUUGGGCUCACAUUCAAGCAGCUAAAGCCAUGAAGGAUCCAGAAAAAGUCAAGCAGAUCCGAGGACAAUUCUACUACAUUUCAGAUGAUACUCCCCAUGUAAGCUACUCAGACCUAAAUUAUGAGCUGGCUAAGCAGUUGGGUUUUAGCAUUGAACCCAAACUAGCUAUGCCCCUGACAAUGCUCUACUGGUAUGCUCUGUUCCUGGAGAUCGUGAGCUUUUUGCUCCGGCCUUUGGUGAAAUACAUCCCUCCUGUGAAUCGCCACCUGUUGACUUUGACAAACACCCCAUUCACCUUUUCUUACAAGAAGGCACAAAGGGAUUUUGGCUACAAGCCACGCUACAAAUGGGAGGAAGCAAGGAAGCGUACGUGCCAGUGGAUUGCUACACUGAUGGGGGAAACAUCCCUGAAAAGCAAGGCUGCCUAAAGCUGACCUCCGUUGACAAGCUAUGUAGGCUGUAGAAACCACAGGAUAGUAGCAUGCAAUAGAGCCUCUGAAGAGGGAAACCUAAAUACUGAAAUACAUGAAUAAAAGAUACAAAAAGUUUUGCUUUGUUGUAAUGGAGCCAUUCUAUUUAUUAACAGAUAAUGGUUUUUUAAAAAAUUCUAAAAGCCUAUCCUACCUAUGGUUUGACAUGGGCCAUUGUCCACUCUGCUGAUGGGACCCUCCUCCACAUAAUUCAAACUCCCAAUUAUGGGAUACCAAAAAAGGGCAACAGUGAUUCAUCAGAAUAUUAAUUCCCCAAGAAGAAUGAAUACAGGACUGCUACAACUACUGUAUUGUGUUUCUGUUGACGCUCAUGUAUCUGAACACAAAGGUGGCCAGAAUACAGCUCUGUAUUACCAGGUUUACUGGUACAUAUUUGGGUGCGUGCGAUAGAUCACCAAGGAUCUCUGCAGUUUUUAACAGCUGUAACAUAACAACAUUCCUUUGUCUUAAUUAUACUGGUAAAAGUUAAGAAAGCUUCUACUGAUCUCUGAACUGCUAUGCUUGAUUACAUGAUUGAACAUCUACAAUUUAGGCAGCAUGCUUUUCAGUGUGGCUCUGAGGGCCAAUUAAAAAAAAAACAGAAAAAUCAAAUGGCAAUGAUUUUCAUGUAGCAAAACACCUCUAGAUACAGCUCCUAGACACACACACAGACACACAAAAACCCAACCUAUAGCCCAUGCGUAAAGUGCAUGGCGAGGAGGCAGGUUUAGUUUAAUCUUCUUCCCAAUGUAUUAUUUUCCUGAGUGCAAGAAGCACCAGUGGUAGAAUCCAGAAAAUAUUCUUCGUUUCUGCUGAUUCUA